AUGGCUGGUGAUACAAAGUACUUCAUUGCGGCGAACGGUUUCAUUUACUUCGAUGUCCUCAAGAGCUGCAAGGUGAGGUGGAUUGUGAGACGCUCCUUCGUAGCCCUGGAAAGACUGCGGUGGGCAGCAGCGCUCGAUGGUGGUCAUGAAAUAGUCACUGCUCGUCAACUUGAAGUUCGGUUCAGCCCGUCGACAGAUGAGCGAAGCGAUGCACAACAGAGCCUAGAGAUGGAUCUUCUACACGAAUGUACGGAGGCGAUGCGGGAGAUCCUCAUGCAGCAGCAUCUCCAUGCCAAUGCCGGUGGACCAUCGAAUCCCGUGUCGACGGCGUGCAGUGUAGUCACGAAUGGCCGCAAGCACGACGUUCAACCACAAAACGAUCUAAAGGUCUCCCCAGCCGAAGAGUCAUCGAAGACAACGACUUUUUUAACACUUCCUGGCGAGAUUCACAAUCAAAUCCUGGAUGAGCUCAAGUUCCCUGACCUCUGCCGCUUCAGAGCCACGUCUCAGCAAUGCCGUGGCCUCGUCCCACAACUGCGGAUGCAGGACAGCAUUGAGCAAUUCGAGCACGACUUCCGUGCUGCGCAAGAAGAGAAUGACUCGACUUCAGCAAUAAGACCGGAAGCGUAUUCGAAGGAAGACUUCGAACGCUUUCGGAAGUGCAGAAUCUGCUAUGGCUGCACGCAAAUGAGGCCCAGGAUUCGAUUUGGAAUCGUUGUAAAGUUGAGGUGCCCUCCAUUGAAUCCGAGCCGCAAUCAGCCUCCCAGACAACAAGAUAGGCGAGAUCUUGACGACCCAGAAUACUUCGAUAUCCCAGAAUACUUCGAUGACCCAGAUUACUUCGAAUGGCCAUGCAGAAUUGCUGAGAGAAGCUCAAGGCUGGGAUCUGGUCGGCAAAUGCUUCUCUGUAUCGAUUGCACGCUGAAGCAUCCCCAAUACCUGUCAGCGCACUCACCUAGGAAGCGAUGGUUACGGUCCACGGAUCGGUUCCCCAGAAAAUGGAAGGACUACGACAUGUGCCUGAUUUGCACCAAGUGCCAUCAAUUGAAGCACUACCCACGUUUGUCGUCGCAGAGUCCUCCCUGUCAGGAAUUGCGAUUGCGGCUUAUGGAUCAUCGCCAAUUGGAUCAAGGAAUGUGCCAUGAAUGUUGGUAUCACGAUCAUGAAUCAUGGUGCGAUGCACAGUUGAAGAUCGAAGAGAGAGCCUUUGAGAUUCAGGACCAGGCGAAAGCGCUGUCCUCGGACACUCAAGCCUUGCAGUCUGAUAUUGAAGCUCUGCAGUCGAAGAUGCAAGCUAUGCAGUGGAAUCUGGAAGCCAUGCAGUCGGAGUCGCAAUUCCUACAAUCGGAGCUGAAGGACCUACGUGUCUACCGCUACUGGAUGAGAGAUCUAGGCAUGCAUCCUGCGGACCAGGGCAGCGAGCCACCUAGGAGCAGAUCGUUGCUAGAAGUCCUGCCGGAUUGGACAGAGGAGCUGAGAAGUGUCCCUGUGAAGGAGGUUCAGUCACAGCUGGUUGAGAAGGGCCUCGUCAUUCCAGCUGAGUUCAAAAGUCGUGGCCCAAGAAAGGGUGCCUGA